AUGGAGGACGCAAAGAUGUUGCAGAUGAAUCCUACAACUCUAAAAUCUUGGCUGCAGCGCGGUGAAUUCGAAAAACUCGAGCAUGUCGUGCUGGAAGGACGCGGGGCUCGUCUGUUAGGCGAACAAUCACCUGAUGUCAGAACUCGAGUCUUCCUGAAAGGACUCCCAAAUUAUUUGACGAAAAUUUCUCAAGUGCACCACGCAGUCACCCGUGGUUCUUUAGCAGAGGUGCAGAGAAUCAUCUCAGAGGAGCCUAAAAAGAAGUUGGCUAUCGCGAAGGAUCCGUCUGGGACGCCAUUGCUUCAUAAAGCGGUCUACUACGAUCAACAGGACAUCGUCGAGUGGUUAGUCCAGAAUUAUCCCAACACUGUGCAUCAAAGGGACAGGGAAGGAAGAACAGCGUUGCAUUAUUGUACAGCUUGUAAGGAUCGCGAUACAAUUUGGGAUGUCCUCGUAGAAGGUGACUGUGACGCAAGUAUCUGCGACAAAAAGGGCAAUCCGGCCGCUUAUUAUCUGGAACACAGCUCGGAGAUUGAAUUACCGGAAGCGGAAAACAUGUCCCGCCGAAAAGUCAGCGGCGUGAAGGAAAGCCUGGAUUUCAAGCCUUCUAACAUCAGAAUAUGGAUCCAUAAUCGAGACAUCGGGAAAUUGCAACAGGUAUUAUGGGACGGACAUGGAACCAAGUUGCGCAGAGAAACCAGCAACAAUCCACGCGUGAAAAAAUUUUUGGAAGCUGUCCCCUUUAUAAUGGGUACUGUGAAAGAUGUUCACGCAGCUACGGUCCAAAACGACUUGAAUGAACUUAGAAAGAAAAUAGACUUGACGUCACCCAUUGUUCUUUGCAGUAAGGACAGCAAUGGUUUGAAUGUCCUACAUAAGGCUGCUGGAUUGGGAUUCACAGAAAUCGCGCGAGAAAUCCUUUCAAGCUAUCCUUCGGUCGUGGAAGCGCAGGACAAUGACGGAAAGACGCCAUUGCACUAUGCAGCUGCGGUUAAAGACGACGGAGAGUUGUAUAAUUUGUUAACUGAGUAUGGGGCUGAUGAAAGCAAAUUGGAUAAUAGACAAAAGGCUGCAGCUUUCUAUAAGAACCGACCGUCAGAUAUAGAUCAGACGCUUUUAACGGUGAUACCGGAAGCGCCUCGAGUUUCCGGGACCUCGUACCCCAAACACUGGGAUUGGAGGAUCUUAGAAUCUGAGGUUUCAAGGUACAUGAAGAAAGUGAACAGCGCGGAUAUUGACAGUGCAUUUGGCAGUGCUGAGUCUGCGUCGAAAAAUCACAGCAGAUCUAUGGAACAGAUAAAAUCAGCUAUACUGGACCAGCCCAAAGAUCAAGAAGAUUCAGGAAAUCCGGAGGAGGCGGAGGAUGAAGAGAAUCCAGUGAAGACAGAGGAAGCAACCGAAAAUCAAGAGGCAACAGAGAAUCCGGAGGCAAUAGAGAAACCAGUGGAAACAGAGAAUCCAGUGGAAACAGACAUUCCAGUGGAAACAGAGAAUCCAGAGGAUACUGAAGAAACGAAGGAGCCUGAAAAUGAAGAGAACAGGGAAGAAGAAACAGCUCAAGAAAAUGCGAAUCCUGAGGAUUCGGAGGAGAGAUCUUCGGACGACGAUGUGGUAACAGGUGGUCCAACACAAGAGGUAGAGGAGACUCAAGAUCCUGAACCGGAAGAACCUAACGAAGAAGGUGAACCAGAGAGCGCAGAGGUUGAGACGAAAAACGAAACCGAAGAAGAAACGAAAGAAGAAUCAAUGGACGAUACGGAUGCAGCGAAAACUGAGGAUGUCGAACAGGAGGACGAGCACAAGGAGCAGGAAGAAAGAAACGAGCCGAGCACCGGUGAUUCCGGUGUCGAUGAUCCAGGAAACGACGAAGACCAGGUGAUCGUCGUCGAGCACGAGGAGCUACCGGAGGCAGAGCUGAACGACAGCAGCAUGUCGGCGGACCCGGAGAUCGAGAAGCUGCUUGAGAACGGAAACAUGGAGCAGCUGGCCACGUUGGUGCUGAACGGGGACGGAAGAAGAUUGGUCGGAAGACACUCGGGGAAUCCUGAACUUCAGGCUUUCAUCGAUCGUGUCCCGUCAUACAUGGGAAAGAUCCACGCUGUACACAUGGCAGCAAGAGAAGGAAACCUGAGGGAUCUACAAAGUGCACUAGAUCGUCGUAAAUUUGCAGUUGCAAAGGAUGGCUCGUCCCCCCGCGAUGCUACGCCGCUUCACGUUGCAGUUGUAUUUGGAAACACUACUGUUAUUAGAUAUCUGGCAGGGAGGUUUCCAGAAACCACGAAUGCGAUCGAUGUAGACGGACGAACACCGUUGCACUAUGCGGCAACCCUCGCAGACAACGGCCAUUACUACAACCUACUCCUUCACUUGGGUGCCAAUCCACUAAUUACUGAUAAUUUCGGACAGAAGGCGGACUAUUACAAGCAAAAUCAAUCCGACUUCUCGCAUAAAUUAUUGCUCCGCGAUUUUGGGGCGAACGAGAAACUCGCCGAUGAAAUGUUGACUGACAAAGUUCCCGGUGGGGACACGUACUCCGCCCGUCGCGACAUAACCGAGCCGGAGACACUAGCCACCCUGGAGAGGUGUUUCCGUCUGCUGGCCGGCACGAAGCACAGCACCGGCGUGAAGUCGGCUGGGAACUCUGGUACACUGAUCAACCGUUGCCUGAAACGGCCCGUAUUCGAUCGUAUCAAGCACCGUGUGACACGCAUGGACCAUAACCUCUUUGAUGUGAUCUGGCCCGCUUUAAAGAAAUACGGCACCUCGAGUUACAACAGCAAAGCGGGUAGCGCCUAUUCGACCAGCAGCAACAGCGCGGAGGAGAACGAGACAGUGUCGGUUGUGGCGCCAGAUUACGAAAGCUAUAUCGUCUUUGGGGAGUUCUUCGAUCCCCUGAUCAGAGACAUCCACUGUGUGACAGCCAGCGGCGAUCUGCCUGAUCAUCCACGUACGAGAUUCUUCCUAGGCGAGGACGAAGACGGGGAGGAGACACUCGACAAGAUCGACGAGGUGUCCAUCACUGCGAUCGAGGCUUAUGAUCUGGACCCUUCGGGGAAAUACGUUCAGACUGUGACGAUAGAGUGUUCCAGGAACCUCGAGUGGUAUCCUUUUCCGUUAACAUCGACUGUGAACCAGUUGGAAAACGUGGAACGAAUAAUCACGACGGAAUUGAUGAGCCAGGACAUUUCUACGAUCAUGGCUGAGGGUAGCAGCGAGGAUGAACCGGGGACUUACUUCACUCUCAAUGAGAUCUUAGAUCAACCCAGUCCUAUUAGAGCCCAAUUAGCAGCUGCUGGGUUAUUGUUACCGAUCACUGACUUUGAAAUACACGACGAGAGACGUCUCCAUGGGAAACAGUGGCCCUACGGUCGAGGAGUCUACGUUGCUUCGGCCGGGGAUCUAGCUGCCUGGGUGAACAUUCAGGAUCAUUUGAGGAUCAUUUGUCGUACCCACGAUAACAGGUCAGGUCUGAUAGGUCGUGCCUACGCGAGACUGGCAAAGAUUCUGGUGAUACUCGAUCGGACAUUGACGUUCAAGAAGGAUAAAAAGCUCGGCUUCAUCAACUCGCGGCCGCACGCUAUUGGGAACACUCUGAGAUUCAAUUCGAUCGUACGAUUCCCGGAGUUGUCGAAGGAGUUCGAACAUCUGAAGCAUCUGUGUGUGGUACGUGGACUGAGCUUUCGCGAAACGGUGAAAAAUGACACGGUAAGGAUUGGAAACCAACAAUCCUUGAGUAUCACCGAGCUACAGACGCUUCAGGACUUCUUCAGGGCUGUCACGAAUAUUUUAGCGUUGGAGAAAGAAUUGGCGAUAAACAACUCGAUGAAAAUCUCGAAUCUACUCGCUGGAAUAUUCCGAAAGCGCAGCAGCGGGAAGCGUUUUCAAAAUUAA